CUUCAAAGAUCCAUCACACCCAAUGACAAAAGAUCCGCCAACGAGCACUUUCUUCGUUUCUUCACAGAUGCUUUCAAGAUGACGAUGUUGCUUGCCUCGGUCUGAUUUGCUGUAUCCAACGAUUGAUACUCCGCUUGUGGAAAGAAAAAGAUAUCAGCUGGCACCCAGUGUGUCUGUGACCCAUCAACCACCAUCACGAAGGGCAAAGUGACAGUUGCUCACAAAUUUUUGAAACAAACAUCAAGAUGCUCUUUCGUUCACUCCUCACCGUUGCUUUGCCUUUGCUGGCAUCUGCAUUUGGCCCCGCCACUCCCCUUUUGGUUCGCAAUGACGCUUCUCCUCUCAUGACAAUGCGUGUCAGCCAGGGCGACUUGAAACGACGCGGAAAAAUCACUAAGAUGCUCGACAAUGUCAAGUCCACCAAUGACCCCAAGGCUGCCAUCCAGUCGACCGUCUUGACGGAUAAGACCGCUGAGCUCUUGGAAACCUGCGGUGAAAACGUUCGCAAGUCCAUGCUCUACAAGAUCCAAGCUUUGUCGUCUCAAUACGGGUUGGUUGUCCCCUCAGACUUUGGCACCCCCAUGCCCCUUCUUGAACGAGAAGCUCUGGAAGCGCAACAAGCUGCUGUGAAGAAGGCGGAGAAAAAGUCGCACUUUGAUCAGUUCAAAGUGGACCGAGAUGCCCGUGUGGCUGCUCGUAAGGCUGCCGAAGCCGGUACCGAGGCAGAAAAGAAGAAGAAGGUUGCAGCUCGCAUCGCCGCGAUCGAAGCAAAGAAACGAGAAAAGGAAGAGGAAUUGAAGAGGAUUGAAAAGGAAGAGCAGCUGAAGCUCAUGGCCACUAUUGCCAAUGCUCUGGAAGCCGAGAAAGAAGCUGAGGAAAAGGAAGCUGCCAGCUCAGAAAGCAAAGAGGUUGAGGCGGAAGCUUAGGAUUGUCCCAACGUGGCUUUCCAUGUCGUACCAGUAUGAUAAUGGGCACUCAGGGGGUUUUCCCGCUCUAGCUGCAGAUUAUUAAAAUAGAAUGCACAAGCAUUUCGGCU